AUGAUUAGGAAAUUUGAGUACCAUAUAGUAUCACAUAUUAUAUUUGCUCUUCAUGUGAAAUUAUUUAUGAAUAAAAUAUUCUUUAAAAAAUGGAUAUGGGAUUUUUAUCAUAUAUAUUUUUGUACGAUAAUAAUUUAUUUAACCCUCCUAAUUUUGUAUGCAACUAGAGUUUAUUAUAACUUAAAAAAAUUGGAUCUGAAAUAUUUCCCAGUAGAGAGUAUUUCAUCAUGUAAAAAUUAUACAAACAAAAAAAAUAUACAUCCUUAUACAGCUUUCGAACGGAAUGAUCUUAUCCACAUGAAAUAUAGAAACCUACUUUAUGGAGUUAUUUUUGUGGCAACAUGGAAACUAGUAGCAGUAUUCAUUGUCUCUGUAACUAAUUUAUCAUUUUGUGUUAUAAUUUCUUUUAUUUUGAGAAAUACUGAUGAAAAUGAAGAUAAUUCUAUUUUAGAAAUUUAUCUAAAAUUCUUAAAAAUGGUUUGCAGACUUUCUUUGUGGAUUUUCGGUAUAAACAAAAUAGAAAGUCACUAUUUAUGUGAUAACGAAUGGCCAAAGAAUAUAGUAUCAAAUCAUGUAUCUGCGUUAGAUCCUUUUUAUUUUAUAAGUGAACAUGCUUGUAGUUUUGUUGCAAAAAAAUCGUUAAGAAAAGAUAGGUUUAUAGGAGCUAGUGUUCUAGCUUUAAAAUGUGUACUUGUUUAUAGAGAAAAAUCAGAAGAUAGGAAAAAGGCAUUAGAAAGUAUUAAAGAAAGACAGUUACUAGUAAAUGAUAAAAAAAACAAUUAUCCAUCAUUUGUUAUUUUUUCUGAAGGAACUACUUCAAAUGGAAUGCAAUUAAUUGAACAGAAAAAGGGAGCCUUUUUUUCUUUGCUUCCAAUAACACCAGUUUUAUUGAUUUAUGACUAUGAUCUUUUUAAUCCAUCUUAUGACAUUCUUCCUUUUACUUGGUGGAUAUUUUUAUCUGCGGCAAAUUACCAAAGUAUGGAAUUGAGAACUUAUUGGUUACCAAAAGUUUAUCCUCCAGAUAAACCAGAACAUGCUAACUUAACAGAAGAAGAAAAAAUAAACAUAUUUCAUGAUGAGGUAUCUAAAAUAAUGUUUAAAAAUAUGAAGAAAUACAACAGCAAAGCCCCCCAAGAUAUAGACGAUUAUAAUGAUUGGCCAGGAUCAUUGAGAUUAAAAGUGGAAUAUUUUCAAAACGCUUUGGGUAAAGUAGCAACUAAACAAUUAAAUAAAGAAAAAAAUUUAAGUGAAAAAUCAUAA